UCUUGUGUUUACAAGCUCACAUGCAUUCCACUGGGCUGCAACAUGGCUGCGUGCUUGGUGAGGAGCUCAGUGCUCCGAAGGGCCAGCCCCGGCCACUGGCUACGGCCACGUCCCAGCACUGGUGCCCUGGUGUCCUGCAGGGCGGAGGGAGGCCCCCCCUCAUCCUCCAUAGCUCUCCCAGCCUCCGGCGAGGACAAGCUGAGGACCAUCCAGGACCUACCAAAGGUUGGCCUCUGGGAGGUUAUGUACAGAAUGGUCUUCCAGGGCUACUACAACCGUCUUCAUGAUCUCCAGAUUCACGAAAAAGAGCUUUACGGGCCCAUUUACGUGGGGGGGUUUAAAACAGUCUCGCUGAGUAGUGUGAAGCUAAUGGAGGAGGUCUUGAGAAAGGAGGAGAAGUUCCCCAGCCGAGGAGACAUGUCCCUUUGGACGGAUUACCGCAAUAUGAGGGGCCUUGGCUAUGGGCCCUUUACAGAGGAAGGAAAAAAUUGGUACAAUCUCAGAGCCCUUCUGAACAAGCGCAUGCUGCACCCGAGGGAUGCGGUGCGGUACGGCCCUGUGAUCAAUGAAGUGGUCACGGACCUGAUCAAGCGCAUCUGCUACCUGCGGCAGGCCUCUCCCUGCGGAACCCUGGUCACCGACGUGUCAAACAACCUGUACCUGUUCUCCCUUGAAGGUAUAUCGUCGGUUCUGUUCGAGAAGAGGAUUGGCUGUCUGGAGAACGCAAUACCCGACGGCACGCAGCACUUCAUCGACUCCAUUGCCCAGAUGUUUGCGAACAGCGCGGGGGUGAUAUUGCUGCCAAAGUGGGCCCAGCGCUUCUCGCCACACUGGCACCGUUACAUAGCGGGGUGGGACGGCAUCUUCAAAUUUGCUGGGCAGUUGAUUGACAAGAAGGUUGAGGAGAUGGAGCGGCGCUUGGGUGAGCAGCAGGAGGUGGAGGGGGAGUACCUAACCUACCUCCUCUCCAACACCCAGCUGAGCCGCAAGGAGGUGUACGGCAGCGUCACAGAGCUGCUGCUGGCCGGGGUGGACACGACCUCCAAUACGUUAAUGUGGGCGUUGCACUUGCUGUCCAAGAACCCUGAAGCUCAGGAGACCCUUUAUAAGGAGGUUUCUGAACACACAGACAUCCUGUCAGCUGAGGAAGUGAACUCUAUGCCGUACCUCAAGGCAGUCAUCAAGGAGACCCUGAGGAUGUAUCCUGUUGUUGUGAUGAAUGCAAGAAGAAACAUUGAAAAGGACGUUGUUAUUGGUGGCUACCAUUUUCCAAAGAACACAGUCUUCGGGUUCUCUCUCUACGCCAUGAGUCAUGAUGAGGAGACGUUCCCGGAGCCGUGGCGCUUUGAGCCGGGCCGGUGGCUGAGGGACGGCCGAGAGAGACCCUACCCAUUCGGGUCCAUCCCCUUUGGCUUCGGGGUCAGAGGUUGUGUUGGACGGAGGAUUGCUGAGCUGGAAAUGCACCUGUCUCUGGCCAGGAUGAUCAAGCUUUUUAAAGUGGAACCCGACCCCACAUUGGAGGAGAUCAAACCAGUGAGUCGCACCGUGCUGGUGGCCGACCGACAGGUCAACCUGCACUUCCUGGACAGAAGCAACCAAUCCCAACGCUAGUUUCACUUAUCAACUGUUUUAAACCGACCGGUACAACAGUAAUGACCCUUUUUAGCGGCUUUCCUUAGCUGCCACUGCAUAGCUAGUUACCUUGGUAAAACUUUGGUGAAUAAAUGAACACGAAUAUAAAGAAUGUACACAGAUGCACAUGCCGGCGUAUGCACACACACACACACACACACACACACACACACACACACACACACACACACACACACACACACACACACA